AUGCUUGAUCAGGGUGUCCAAUUCAUCAAACAGGAUUUAUUUACGCAUCCUUUAAACCCUGCUCUGGGAUGGAAACAGGGUGAUGAAGAAGCUAAAUGGGCGCAAAAGGCAAUCGAAACUUUGGUCAAGAAACUUAAGAAAAGAAAGGGUGUAAUGGAACGUUUGCAGUAUGCCCUAUCACAUCCUGGAGAGCCGAGCGAAUGUAUUUCUAUUCCGAGAUCUCUUGAUGGCAGGAUACAGGUAGGCCCUCUAAAAACGGGCAACGUUGUGUCCCACAGGAAAGGAUUUCCGCACGUUAUUUACUGUCGCGUGUGGCGUUGGCCUGACCUACAGAGUCACCACGAAUUAAAACCUUUAGAGUGUUGCAAACUCCCUUUCGAUUCCAAGCAGAAGGAAAUUUGCAUCAACCCUUACCACUACAGACGAGUUGAUUACCCAGGUGACAUUCUUCCCCCUGUGUUAGUCCCCCGCCAAAGUGAAUACCCGGAUAUGAACGAUGCUAUGCCCUCUUAUGCAUCCAAUGAGGGAUCUGGAGCUCAAUCCAUUCCAUACCAGGAGCCAAAGUACUGGUGCACCGUCGUUUACUAUGAGAUGAACACCAGGGUCGGUGAAGCUUACUUCGCUUCCUCCCCCAGCGUCCUCAUUGAUGGAUUUACAAACCCAUCCAAAAAUUCAGAUCGCUUUUCUCUAGGCAUUUUGUCUAAUGUGAAUCGGACUCCCGCAAUCGAAAAUACUCGGAAACAAAUUGGUAAAGGUAGGCUUUUGAUAUGA